AUGUGCCCCCGCCCCUGGAGAAGGCCGAAACGGCCCGACUAUGGAUACCUUUCUAAUGAGGGAAACGGCAUCACCAAACACAUGGUAGUCAAUUGUGACGGGUCUCGAUUUGUCCCUUGCCACCUCGUAACACAAUUGGCUGAACGCUCGAAAGUGAAGAAAGCUCUCGAGGCCGCAAAGGUCAAGAAGGCAAUUGACAUCGCCGAUAAAGUUUCUAAAAACGCACCAAGGACCUUCCUCAUUUUGAUGCUUAUGUCAGCCAAAGACAGCGAAAAGGUCUCUUUGAUUGAGCAGCUACAUAAUGGCGGCUUGAUAGAUGCCACAUUACCGGUUGAAUGGACCGAAAGGGACGGUAAAUGGCAUGCCUACUCGAUCAAAACGUCGCAGCCACCUGAAGACACCGCGUCCGAUUUGUCACAGUCGCUCGUCUCACUGACUGAGGAUGAAUGGGGGCGCCAGUGCACGCAGCUGUUCGAGGUCUAUCAGUGGCAGCUCAUGGCGCCCGAAUUCGACGGACGACAGUUUAGGUUCUCUUUCCACCAUUCUACAAUCUUGCCAUACAUGGAGAAACCUCCAAAGCCCGCUAGCAGUGGCUUUUUCGGAGAGGUGUCGCACUACACGGAUCAAAGAGGCCCAGUGUCUGUUGCUAUCAAGAAAGCCUUAAAGCCAGAUGAGCUCCGAGACUUCUUCGCCAAAGAAACUGAGAACCUUUUUCAACUGAGAGACCACAAAUGGGACAACUUGAUUAAACCCAUUGCCGCCUACCAGCGUAACAAUGAGCAUUGCAUAGUCUUUCCAUGGGCGUCUGGAGGUAGUCUCUCGAAAUAUUGGGAUGACAAGGAUCGGGCGCGGUCUGACAGGGACUGUGCACUAUGGAUCAUAGGUCAGUUCACUGGAAUUUGCCGAGCUCUAAAAGAUCUCCACGACAUCAAUUGCCGGCAUGGGGACCUAAAGCCCGACAAUAUCCUUUGGUUCAAAGAGUUCAAAGAGGACAAAAACAAGGAAGAACUACAGAUUGCUGACCUGGGUCUUGCCGCAUUCCACAAAGACAAGAAUACCGAGAUCCGACAACGGGAUGCCAUUCAAACUAUGACUCCUUCAGGAACCAAACGUUACGAGCCGCCAGAAACCAACGAGUUUCGAUACAGUAGCCAACCUCGAUCAAGAUCGUAUGAUAUCUGGUCUAUGGGGUGUAUACUGCUGGAGCUGCUGAUCUGGCUUACCUAUGGCAACAACGCCGUGGUAGCCUUUGGAAUGCGCACGGACUUCUUUUGGCAAAUUGACAGCGGUAUCUAUGUCAUUCACGAAAUCGUCCGAGAGUGCAUCGAGGCCUUGGAGACAGAAUUUCGGGGACAUCAGGCUCACGCGGAGCUCUUAGCCCUUGUACGACACGAGCUCCUAGUUGUCGAAGGGCGAGGCUCAUGUGGACAAAGAUUGACUGCCGAGAAGGUCCAUGAAAAGAUGGACGGGAUACUAACGAAAUGCAAUAAUGAAGAUCAGUAUCUUGUGACUUUCAAGGGGAAGAUGCCGCUCCCAGGUUGCUUGACCGGGACCCGCAGAGACGGUAGGCCGGUACUCCACAUGAGAGACGGAGCUUUGGCAGUACAGGAACAGAGUGAGAGGCCUACUGCGCCCCCUGCUAACCAACAGGACCUCCAAUUUGACAACGUGAGACUCGAGCGACAGGCAACUAUGUCUUCGCCUCAGGUCUCGACUAACUCUCUGCGAGUUGACACACCGGGUGAUCAGGAACAAUUAACUUCUAGUAUGCUGGUAACACGUGUUGAGCAGCUGCUACAAUCUAGUAAGCUUAAUGACAAUUGGGAGGCGUUUCCAGAUGAUGAUUUUGCAAAGGAUUUCCUAGACCUGAUUGGAUGGGGUCGAAUCAAACCAAAUACAAUCGACGGACGAAACAAGCUAUGUUCCAACUGCAAUAACAUCCAAACAACUCAGUUAUUUCCGUCAUCCUGCGAUGUCUCAACACUACAGCCUGACUGUGAUAUAUGUGGCCUACUGCUGAGGGUGUUGGAACAGCAGCAAGUCAAGCAGUCUGGCAUCCUAGAGCUACGAAACGUCAAUACUACGAUUGGUAUUAAAGAUGGUCCGAAGCUGCUAUCAAUAUACAGCGCUCCAAGUCCUAUCGUUCCUGAAGGGGCUCAACUCGGUCUCCCUAAACUCUUCAGCCCUGGCAGCUCUGAUCAACUUCUCUUGAUAAAAGAAUGGAUAAGAAAUUGCGAUUCGAAACACACUAUGUGUCAGCCAACUUCUGAAAGGCAGGCUAAUAUCAUGCCAACACGAUUGAUCUGUGUUGAGAAUACCCUUCGGCUUGUGGAAACUGUAGCUAUUGAACCUGACAAUUACGCGGCUUUAAGCCAUUGUUGGGGAGAAUUAAGCGAGGAGGAAAAGUUUUGUACUGCAUUGAACAAUAUUGAGCAACUUAAAGCCGGUAUCGACUAUCAUCGGCUGCCGAAGAACUUUCAAGACGCCGUUACUAUUACCAUCGGGCUGGGUAUGAAAUAUCUUUGGAUUGAUUCGGUUUGCAUCAUUCAAGAUGACCGCAUCGACUGGGAAAUAGAGGCUGCGAGAAUGGAGCAAGUAUUCAGUCUUGCAUAUUUCGUCAUUGGUGCCAGCUCAGCUAAAUCAUCACUGGAUGGAUUUCUUGGCUACCGUCCCGGUCGGGAAUGUGUGCAAGUUGGGACGCAAGAUGCAGGGUUACUAUAUGUCUGCCCUUUUAUCGAUGACUUUCAACGCGAUGUCGAACUUGGGGAACUCAACAAGCGUGGAUGGGUGCUUCAAGAAAGGGUCCUAGCUCGACGUUCCAUAUUCUUUACCUCCACUCAAGUCUAUUGGGAGUGCGGUGCCGGAGUACACUGCGAAACACUGGGCCGCCUUCGGAACUAUAAGGCUGCCUUUCUUGGAGAUGCCAACUUUCCAAAGUCAGCUUUAGAGUAUUAUCGAGAUGGGAGGCAGAUGCUGAUUCAGGACCUGUACGAGCGAUACUCAGGCCUUGCGUUUACCAUGCCUUCAGACCGAGCGGUUGCUAUUCUAGGUUUACAGGAGCGUCUAGCACAAUCCUUUGGGACAAAAGCUGCGUAUGGCUUCUUUGAGGUCUACUUUGCUCGUGGUCUUCUAUGGAGGCGUGAUCAGGCGCUGGGGCUACCAAGGAUCAAGCAACCACAAGGUCGAAGCGUUCCCAGUUGGUCUUGGUUCUCGAGAGAGGGAACUAUCAGAUAUAUGGACUUAAAGUUCAAACGCAUCGACUGGAUGACCAGCGAGUUUAGGAACGUCUUCUCCAACCCGAAGUGUCCGAGCACUGUCAGAGGAUCAAGUUUACGAUUCCCUGAAUGUGGCUCAGUGCUUCACGGAAUCGCAAAGAGGAUGGACGUGACAAAGGCAGAAAUGAUGGCAUAUACAGUCUUUGAUGAUGAUACUGACUACAAAGUCGAAGACAUCAGAUGCGUCAUUAUCGGGCAUGACAAGGCCAAAUAUAUCCUCGAGGACCCCAAAUACCAUGUUCUGGUCAUUAGUAAAGGUAGAGGUUUUGCAAAGAGAGAAGUUUACAAGAGAGUUGGAGUUGCAUCCUUAAGUCCAACUCAGGUGGCAGAUACUGGAUCCUGGGUCAAUGUUGAAUAA